CCAAGCUGCCUGAGCCGGCACUCGCGGCUGCCGGCGGUGCGCUGUAGCCCGCCCCGCCCGCGGCUCCGAGCGCACUGGGAGGGCGGACCUGGGGUCCGACCCGCAGCCCCUGGCCCUGGCCUCCUGUCGAUCGCCACCACCCCUAGCCUCUCCAGCUGAGCUCGGCGUCCCAGAGAGGAUUAACACCCAAGGAGGAGCCAGGGAGCUCCCUUUAUCCAAGGAGGUGGCAACCUGCAAGUAUAGUGGGGGGCCACAGGCUGGGACACUACUGAUGUCAGAAUCAAGUUGGCGGGUUGGCUGACCACAAGCAGUGUCUCAGCCAAGGCCCUCUCAGCAUCAGCAUGAACUCCAGGAUCCCAUCUGCUAGGGGCUGGUUCAGCAGCCACCCACCUACCUCUGAGCCUGACCUGGAGGCUACCACAGAUGGGCCAGCUUCUGAGACCACUACCCUCAGCACAGAAGCUACCAGCUUUAAUGACACUAGAAUCUCUGAUGUGGCUGGUGGCACAGCUGGUGUGGGCACAAUGCUUCUGUCCUUUGGGAUCAUCACAGUGAUUGGUCUGGCUGUGGCCAUGGUUUUAUACAUCAGGAAGAAGAAGAGGCUGGAGAAGCUCCGCCACCAGCUAAUGCCCAUGUACAACUUCGACCCUACGGAGGAACAAGAUGAACUGGAGCAAGAGCUGCUGGAGCACGGGCGGGACGCUGCCUCCAUGCAGGCUGCUGCCUCUGUGCAGGCCAUGCAGGGCAAGACCACUCUCCCCUCUCAGGGCCCACUGCAGAGGCCCAGCCGGCUGGUGUUCACCGACGUAGCCAAUGCCAUCCAUGCGUGAGUGGCCUGGGGACAGGCCUGGACUUCUGAUGAAGACACCUGCCACAGUGCCCAUUGAGCUGCCCACUCUGUGAUUGUUAAGAUCUACUCUCAGGACCUGCCCUGCCAAGGCCCAGCUAUUCCCAGGACCCACCUGCUGACUCUCCAGGCUCUAAGAGAGGCCCUGGCCAGGCUGGACAUCUGGCUACUGAUGUCCCCUGAUCUGAGGGCCCUGGCAUGGAGGGCAUCCCUCAUGUCAGGAAGGUUGAGAGCCAUGCUAGCUUCCUUGUGUCCUCCCCAGACCCCUCACAUCAUGGUCUGCUCCUCUAAUGUGGAGGAAGUGGGGGGAGACAUGGGAUGGGAGGGGAAGGGGGAGGAGAGUAGGGAGGCUUUCCCCUUUGUCAGGGAGAGACCUGUCUUCAGAAUCUGGAGCCUCCUCUGGAGUGGAGAGAGGCAACAACCAGGUCGCCCCAGGAGAAGCCCAGGGAUGAUGCAAGAACUGCCAGGUGGGCAAGGAUGCCAGGAAGAGGGCUGCUCCUGCCCAAGGCCCAUCUGUAUUUUAGAGGAUCGGUGAGGCCUCCCAGCCACCCUUCCUGGCAGCCAGCUGUUGGCUGGGAAAGAGGAAAGGAGGUAGGGGAAUGGGUAUAGAGGAACACAGUGCCGGGACGUGCUGAAAAGCCUCAGGCAUGUGUGCAAAUGUGCCCAAAUGCAGGCAUGUGCGUGUCCCAGCGCAGAGUAGGAUGGAGACCUUUUGCAUGGGCCCCCCCCCCUCCAAGUCCACCCCACCCCUUGAUGUGCAUGGGAGCAUCAGAAUAGGCCACCUUCUCUGCCUUCAGUGUUCAGGACUGAAGGAAGAGGAAAGCCAAGGUGAAGGUCCUGCUGCCCAUCUCAUCUCUUCACUGGGCUCUACAAGCCAGGUAACCUGCUUCUGAAAACGGUUUCCUGUCCUGGUGUAUAUUGGGGAUCUAGGGCUGUGGGAGAGGCUACUGGCCUGAGGGCAGUGGUCACAGGCUGUGGGCUAUCUGGGGACAUUCUUGCUGCCUGAAAUGGGGUGGGGAUAGCCCCAUGGGAAACAGACUUAUUUUUUGAAAGCAUAGACCACCCACCCAUUGUCCACCCACCCCACACCCCUCAGGAAUUCUUCUACCAGUCUGGGCAUGUGGGCAAGGCAUGGGGCCAAGCCAGACCCUAGGAGCUGGGCAGUUGUUUACUCUGGGCAUGCAUGCGCACAUGAGCAUGCACAGAAGCAUGCCCCCGUGCCCAGCCUCGUCACCAUUGCUGUCCUCCGCUGGCUGGAGGGGAUGCGGGGGCAGCAGCACAGACCUUCUGUCAGGCAAAUAUCACAUGUCAGGAUGUGAGGGCCAAGGAGGCCCGUGUGGGGAAGAUUUGGGAUGUAUUCCCUCCUCUAGAUGCUAUAAAUACAUUAGCACUUGAACCAACUGGAGGGCUGUGUGUAAUUUAGGAUGCACAGACGCUGUAAUUUAACUCACAGCAUCUCCAUGUGAGAGCAUUAAAGAUGUAAUUAAGAUGUUUACACAAAAA